AAAAACCCAAGCCCAAAAUAAAAAACCAGCCCAUAAUCAAAAUAGAUAUGCAAUCUUUGGCAUUUCCUUACCUUAUCCACCCCCACCCUUUCACAAACAGUAUAUGCUCUUCAAUGGAUUCUCUUCAUUUCUCCUCCACCCAGAAACUCAUCAUCACCACAAACACAGCUUAAAAGCACUUCUCAUUUGAAUUUUAUGUUCUUAGCGUAUCACUAAUACAGCAAAAGAAGUUAAAAACAGAAGAAGCCGUUAAAUCCUGAAAAAAAUUCAUCGAGUAAUGGCUUCUGCAACUACAAGACCCACCUUCUCUUUUCACCUUUCUCAUCCAAGACCCAAUACCCAUUUCUCCAAAUCAUCAUUUCUCUCUCUUUAUAAAACCCCAAAAACGCAAACGCAUUUCACUAUUCGCUCAAUUGAUGUCUCUAAAGAAGACAAACGACCCACUUCAAAUCAACAGAGUAUUCCAACGCCAUUGGAAUCACCACCUCAAGAAGAGGAACCCAAAUUUGAUAAAAGGAGACUGGAGGAGAAAUUUGCAGUUUUGAAUACUGGAAUUUACGAAUGCAGGUCAUGUGGUUAUAAGUAUGAUGAAGCAGUUGGUGACCCAUCAUAUCCAAUUCCACCAGGCUUGCAAUUUGAUAAGUUACCUGAGGAUUGGAGAUGUCCUACUUGUGGGGCUGCAAAGAGUUUCUUUGAGAGUAAGAGUGUGGAGAUAGCUGGUUUUGCACAGAACCAACAAUUUGGGCUUGGAGGAAAUUCACUCACUUCUGGUCAAAAAGCUGCUUUGAUAUAUGGGAGUUUGUUGUUGUUCUUUGCUCUGUUCUUGUCAGGGUAUUUUCUGCAAUAGUAGAAGGUAUUUUCAAAAAUGGUUUUUUGUAGCUUUGCCCUUUUUUAUAUCAAUUUUUGUGCUUAUCGUAUCAUGAUGUGUAGUUUUUUUGUGAUACUUGAAAAUAGAGUUAUAUCGUGUUAUAGAAUACUAGUUUGUUAAUAAAACUCUUCAAUUCAAUGGGCAAUUGAGUUACGAAUUGUUCCAGUACUA